UUUUAUUUCUAGCAUCUAAAUCCACGUCUUUAUUAUAAAUGCCUGAAUUUAAAAAUGCAGUAUAAUCAAUUUAGCAGCAUGUUUAAUUCAUUAUUACUAAUGGAAAUAUUUUAAACAGUUAUAGCUGUAAGAUACUAGUAUUAUUGAAGUUAAGACUGAUAGGAGUUUCUCAAUGCACAAGGAGCUGUCAACACUGCUCAAGGAACCCAAGGCACAGCCCUGACUACAAAAUGAAACUUCGUAAGCAAACAAGUUGUAUGAAUGUGGAUUUAAUCCUGUACGCAUUCGAUAGUUUCAAUUGUUCCGUGUUUGUAAUCUGCAUGUUUGAUGUUUUCAUUCUGGUUCAAUUCAUCACUAUAGCUGCUGUUCGGUUGAAUUCCACACCUGUUUCAAUCCCUCAACACACGCCCGUCCGCCACGGUCGCUACCUUAUGGUCACUCCCCUGACUUUACCAAACAUCUCACCUGCCUCUGAGCUGACAGUCAGCCAGUCGGUCCCCAGACUGGACCCCCUCCACCCUCCUCGGGUCCCUAAACGGACAGUCAGCCUGGAGACCCCUGCUGUGCAUCAUCACAACCACCAGAGGGUGCUGGUGAUGCAGCGGAAGGUCCACUGUAGGUAUCAUCAGGUUUGGAGAAGGCCAUUCUAUGGCUCCUGCACUGAGAGAGAAGAGUACAAGGAAGAGGUCCGCCAGCAGCUGAAGAGACAAAUGGAGGAAAAGAGGGCAGAGCUUAUGCGGCAGCUAGCCAGUAAGGCUGAGGAGGCCGAGCUCUUACAGGAAGUGGAUCGCUUGGCUCUGUCUAGAGAGAGACACCAAAAGAUCCAGUACAGCAGAGAGAUGAGCCACUACAGAGAUGAGAACAAGAAGCUUAUGGAGCAGAGCUGGAGGGACAGGGCACUGAUUCGCUCUCUGGAGGCCAAGAGGGAAAGAGACCUGCUGCGCCACAACCCCAUCAAUUGGAGUGGCACGCUGAAAUAGAAGUCAGAUAAAUUCCAUCUCCCUUACAGUGGCUGGCUCUGUGUGGGACGUCUGGCAGCUGUGGUGUUUCGUCUCCGUGUCUGGUCCUCAGCGAUGGUUCAAACUGUUUUCAAUGGCAUGUCAAAGAAAACUGAUGGAAGAUGGUACUGUAAAAGAAAUCUGAACACUGGAAACUCUGAAUUUGUCCUUCUUUAAUAAUGCCAAGUGCAGCGGAAACAUCCUUACACACACACGCACGCACACACACACGGCCCAGUACCUAACAACAUGAUUAACAAUUAAAAUGAAUA